ACCGCACUCACCGCCUGCACUUCGCGAUCACUUAAUACCACCAGCGCGGCCUCCAAUCAUCCUCCUACCUCCCUCCUCUCCCUUUAUCUCUCCAUAACGACCGUAUUCUCGCGGAGUUGCUUCCUCACACCGACCACGGUAGCUGCCACCCCGAACAGGCGUGCUACUGUGGCAACCAUUCAGUGGUCGCCAAUUGAAUUCGAAAGAACUUGACCCAAAUAACAAAUACGCAAAAAAUAACUUGUCCUUGUACACACACCAUGGAUGCCCAGGAAGCAGAGGAGUGGGCGACGUAUGCGAACGAGGCCUUUGCGCUCUCGCUAGUUCGUGCAAAAGAGGACGAGGAGAGUCUAAGUCCGGAGGAGGCCUUUGACGGAUUCCAUCCUACGUUCACAUAUCCAAUAUUUGGAGAAGAGCAGAGGGUAUAUGGAUACAAGGACUUGUUGAUCGAACUGAAGUUCUCGUCUGGGUCAUUACGGCAAUACUUUAACGUCAAAUACUCAGAGCGACUACCCCCAUCGCCGGCAGUAGAUGACAUCGAAUCUAAACUACUAGAAGCCAAAGUUCUCCUUCCAGAUCACUACACAGAUGAAGAUGCAUUCUUGAAACAAGUCGAACUUGAUUCGACGGCAUUCAAACCGCUGGGGACAAAGAUGCAUUCAUAUUCUCGUCGCGUGAGCCAUGCGCUGCGGCCUGAUGGUGCGAGUGAUGUCUCGUGGGAUCGCAAACCUUCCUCAAGUAUGAGCAAGACGCCAGAGCCGGAGGAAGAGACUGAGCUUGUCGAGUAUGAAAUAUUCCACUGCACAUGGAAGACCCCAGGCUUCCGGGAGUACCACCGACGUAUACAAAUAUUCAUCCUGCUCUACAUAGAGGGCGGCUCGUUUAUUAAGGAGGAAGAGGAGGAAUGGGAAUUUAUCAUUCUAUAUGAGAAACGACAACGGAAACACUCGCCUGAAGUCUGGACAUAUCAUUUUGUCGGAUACUCGACACUAUUUCCAUUUUAUUGCUAUCCGGAGAAAGUUCGACUACGAAUCAGCCAAUUCGUCAUUCUGCCCCCUUAUCAACAAGAAGGCCAUGGCUCCGCGCUCUACAGCGCAAUUUACCAAUACGUCCUCGCCUCUCCCCAUAUAGCGGAACUCACGGUCGAAGAUCCCGCGGAGGCAUUUGAAGACCUCCGAGACCGCAAUGACCUCAAGAUGCUCCUUAAUCAUCAAGAGUUCAUGCGUGAAGCGCUAGGGGAAAGCCAUGUUUCGACAGGUGGCGGACCGGCGAGACAUCAGAGACAUAGACAUGGCGCGGAGAGUCUUACCAGUAGGACAAAUGGUGUUGGGGGGAAGAAGAAGAAAAAGAAUGAGGGGAAGUUGAUGCCUCCGACGGAUAAGGCGUUUAUUGCCAAGUGGAAGGGCAACUUGAAAAUCGCGCAGAGACAAUUCCAACGGUUGAUUGAGAUGCUUAUUCUCAAGCAUAUCGAUGAUACGGAUCCCAUUGCGUUGAAGCAGUACCGAAUUCAAGUAAAAGAUCGAUUGUUUCGGUUCAACUUCGUACGUCCGCCUUCUUCUUAUUAUCUCGUGUCUUAUCCCUUCCCUCGUCCCUCUAUAUCUUUAUCUUGCUACCAUUAUCCGUCUACGUGUUCUGUCUUACCUCCUACUCACCGCAUAUACUCACUUUCUUCUGCAGGAAAUCCUCAUGCAACUUGAUCAGAAGGAACGGCAAGCCAAGCUGGAAGAGACGUUUCAAGCGGUCAAGAAGGAUUAUAUCCGAAUACUCAACCUCAUCCACUAAUCACCUCACCUCUGUUAUGUGUGCAUGCAUCUCCAUGAACCCUACUUGCACCGACCACAAUUAAUGACUACCAUUGGCGCCGCAAUUUCGUGUGGUCGUCUACCGUCUUAUUCAGUUACUGAAGCCUCCUUUUGUUGUGUUUGUUUACUUGUUGUCGCCUCGAUUGUUGUUUGCUACUUACUUGAACAUUGUAUUACUGAUAUAUUACAGACUACUCACAUGGCCACUGAUUUGUCCCGUUGUUGAAACGCGUGAACGAUGACUUGCUUUAACUCUGUAGAGGGUUCCUCUUAGCUCUACACUCCGACUAAAUUACCUUCAUAGAGCAAGAUGAUUGUCAACAUUGUUUAUGACUUGGUGGUCUAUAUGUUCAGCACCUCAUUCUGGUCAUACAUGUUCCG